GAGCUCACGAGCAGUUGAGCACUUCAUAAAGAUGCUCAAGUCGCGCCCUUUCCGGACAGGGGAGAUUGUGCAUAAGCUGGUGGCCCAAGGGGCGAAGGUGCUGCCAAGCGAGAAGAAGACUCGCUACCUAUUGCAGAACUACCGACAGCYGCACAACAUGUCGGAGGGGGGGGAUGCAGCAAACGACGAUGAUGUGGACGUGGUUGUUCGUCCUGGUUACGAGGAGCCACAACCGCCGGUUGCUGCAGGGAGGGAGCCGGUCGAGGAGAUGGCGCAGCGGGGAAAGGAAAGUGCAGCGGGGGAGGCGCUGCGAGAAGAGUGUCAAUCCACCACAAGGGCAGCUCCGGUGCAGCAAACGACCAUCACGAGAUGGGUGGACAAUGCAGCUCAAAAGAAGUUGGACAUUGCAUGGGCGGAGGUAAUGUUUCGGGAAGGAAUCACUUUCAAUUUUUUGAACUUUGACACCACUCUCAAACUGCACGAGGUGUAUUUGGAGGUGGCUAGCGCACGACCGAAGGUGAAAUUGCCUUCUGCGAAGCACAUCUGUACGGUGAUGCUCGACUUUAUCUUUUUGCGCAUUCAAAAGCAAGUGCAGCCUCUGACUGCAUGCUGGGAUGUCACGGGCUGCACUUUCGUCAUGGACGGGUCGACCGAUCGGAGGGAAAGGCCUGUCAUGAAUUUCUUGGCGGCGGGGGAGCAGGGAGCGGUCCUAGUGGCAACGGUGUCGAUGGAUGGAAAGAAGAAGACCGGACCAGCGCUGGCCAGACUUUGGGAGAAGAUAAUGAGGGAGGUCGGGCUGCAACGCAUCAAUGCAAUUUGCACCGACAAUGCGGAGGUGAACAAGAAGGCCGCGCAGAUUUUAGAGCGGUGCACAGACUUGGCGAUUUCACGGAUACCUUGGUUCAAAGCGGAUCUUGUCUUCUUCACAUUGCGGAGGGAGGGUUGGUGGCCAGAGUUGAAGAAGGUGGUGGAGGUGAUGGAGUCAUCGUACGUAUUGCUUUGGAGGAUGGACAAGGACGGGACUGCCCCGUCAAACCUUGUGGAGUACAACCGGCUAAUGGAGAGGAUUCUGGCUGAGGUCGUGCUGACGGAGGAGGAGCGACGUACGGUGCUCGAGAAGGCGAGGGACCCCAUGCAGAUGAUGUGGCAACCGAUACACGCCUUGGAUUUUCUUCUCGACCCAAGGAGGAGAGAGCCGAAGUGGUUGUUGGACCGGGACAACGCACUUGUGCAGAAUGCGUUGUAUUCUGACACCAUCUCGCCAUCGGAGUGGUGGGAAACUCGUGGCAGCGAUGUGCCGGAGCUGCAGGCCAUUGCCAUGAAAGUAAUGGACAUGUGGAGCACGGCGACUUCGACGAAGCGGAAUUGGUCUUCGAUGGACUUGGUCCACUUGAAGCGGCGGAAUCGGUUGAACCCCUCAACCUUGGAGAAGUUGGUGUAUAUUCAUUGGAAUAUGCAGCUGCUGCAGUCCGGGAAGAACUUGAAGGACCACGACUACAUCAACUUGUGGGCGCAGUUCUUCGAGUGUCUUCCGGAGCUUGAGGUGGACGAUGGUUUUAUUUUGAAGGACCCCUUGGAGGAGAAGGACAAGACAGAGGGGGAGCUGGUGCGGGAACGGGCCUUCACCAAGACACCAAGGGGCCGAAUUUCGAAGAGCCUCGAAAACGAGGAGGAGUGCACCGACGACAGCGACCUUGACGACGAGGUGUGGAAGGGGAAGACUCCAUGGUCGGAAGCGUUUAGCAAAAGGGAGGUUGAUGAGUCAUCGGAGGAUGACUUCGAGUUGGGAAUCCCGCCGUCAAUCCCGUGCACCACAUAUGUUGGGAGGAGGGAAGCAGAACAACGCCGUCGAGAACGGCCGCCCACAAUACCAUCUCAAUGCACGGUGAACUCCACAGCGCAUUACAACAUCCAAUCGGAUGUAGAGCUACCACAGACUGACAUCGACAUGGAGAUGGUGCUUCGCCUCGGUCCAAUCAAUACAGAUGAGGAGGAGGCCGACUGUGCAAAGGCAUGGGUUGAUGCGGAUCAAGAACGGGAAGCGGGGAUCACAGUCAUUGAUGAUGUUCUCGGGGAGGCCGUGAUGGCGUGCAACAUGAUCGAAGAAGAGGGUGGCGAAGUCUUUGGCACGGUGCGAAGUCGUGCAAGGAAUGCAGUGGGCACGUUUGGUCAAGCGGCAGACAAUGACGUAGAUGCCCGCGGUCGGUCUUGGGGAGGCCGCAUACGAAGUCCAUGGAGAUGGACUGCCAUCGGCUUGGCGUGGAGUAAUAUCUUUCUUGGAGAGGAUGGAGGAGACGAUGGUGUUGUCAGUGCGGAUGGUGAAGUAUCGCCCGUCGAGGUACGGGCGCCAGACUGUGAGGGCGUGAAUCACUUCGAGGAGUUCCUUCUCGUUGGAGGGGUAAUUCAUCUCCGCGGGAAGGAGCUUCUUGCUUGUGAAGGCGAUGGGGUAUUCGCCAGGUGGAGCCUCGGGGUGAGUGGGCGAGUCCUUGAUGGAGGGGGUCUCGACGGUGUCGCGGGGGAAAUGUUGGGACAGUAUGGCUCCAAUGGCGAAGUGGGAGGCGUCAGUGGUGACAUAGAAAUGGCAAGUGGGGUCGGCGAUGUCGAUGACAGGGGCCGUGGUGAUGGUUUGCUUGAGCAUUACGAGGAACUCAUAGUGCUAGAACCGAGAGCGGAAUGCGGUCUUAUGGGUGUCUUCCUCGCGGAUACGGAUCUGGUGGAAGCCACUGUGAAGGUCAAUCUUGGUGAAAUAUUUGGCUCCACAAAGUCGAUCAAGGAGCUCGGAGAUCCGAGCUUCUAUUAUGGAUCUCACUAUUCUAGCGCGGGCAUUGUACUGUUCUACUUGAUCCGACUUGAGCCAUUCACCACACUUCAUCGACAUCUGCAGGGUGGGAAGUUCGACCAUGCAGAUAGGCUCUUUCACAGCGUCGAAUCUGCAUAUUCGAACUGCUUGACAAACACUUCGGAUGUAAAAGAGCUCGUACCGGAGUUCUUCUAUUUGCCUGAGUUUCUUUCAAAUUCAAAUACAUACUUCUUGGGGGUUAAGCAGGAUGGUGAAGUUCUUGGCAAUGUCAUGCUCCCCCCAUGGGCAGAGGGGUCGCCGGAAACAUUUGUUCGCAAGAACAGGGAGGCCUUAGAAAGUGAUAUUGUAAGCGACCAUCUCCAUGAAUGGGUUGACCUUAUCUUUGGCUUCAAGCAAAGGGGAGCUGCUGCUGUGGGGGCAGCCAAUGUGUUUUAUUAUCUGACGUAUGAGGGUUCCGUCAAUUUGGACCAAAUCGAGGAUAAGACGCAGAAGGCAUCGAUCGAAGAUCAAAUUUUUAACUUUGGCCAAACUCCAAUUCAGCUUUUCAAAAGGAAGCACUUGAAGCGAAUGGGUUGUAUGCCGCUGUCACGGCCACUCUACUAUGUGCCGGACUCUAUUAUGAUAACUGGCAAGGCAAGUCCGACAAGCAGCUCAAAUACACCAGUGCAGCAACCAGCAGGGCUCAUCUUCGUUGGGCUGACCGAUGGACGCAUUGUGACUGUAAAUAGCCGACAGAUGAUGUCAUCAAGGCAGUGGAUUGCUCCAAAUACCAUGCCUGGGGGAGGGACUUUCACGUUUUCGGCACAGGACAUUUUCUUCAGUGUGGGCCCAGAGUUGUCUCCACCAAGAAAGAUUGGAACUCCAUUUGGGGAGGUCAAUGUUUCAUCUAGUUACUUCGACACAUUGAGAGUUGGCUCCUCUGCGCUGUUGCUGACAUGUGGGCACUGGGACAACAGUUUCAAGUGCAUAUCCAUUGAAGAUGGGAAAAUGGUUCAGAGCAUUUGCCAGCACAAGGAUGUAGUGACCUGCAUCUCAGUGUCUUCUGAUGGCAGUGUUGUUGCGACGGGGAGCCGAGAUACCACUGUUAUGGUCUGGGAGACUGAGCAAGCAAAUGAAAAAGGGUCAGGCAGGGUGGGCUUCAGAGAGAGCUUGGGAUAUGGAGGUGGAAGCCAUCAUGGAAGAGGGGAGAAAGAGCUGGUUGUCAUAUCGGACAAGCCGAGGAGGGUGCUGUGUGGUCAUGAUGAUGCUGUGAACACCGUUGCUGUCAUGACGGAGUUUGACAUGGUUGUCAGCGGGUCGGAGGAUGGAACAUGCAUCUUCCAUACGUUGAAGCAUGGGAGGUACCUGAGAUCAGUCAAACAUCCUAAUGGAGGGUCCAUAGACCGGGUGGUGGUGUCAAAGCAGGGGCCUGUAGUCAUGUAUUCACGGUACGACCUGACACUCCAUUCGUUUUCGCUGAAUGGGAAGCAUCUGGCAAGUGCAGAGGCCAAUGGACGUGUCAGUUGCAUGGAUCUCAGUGCAUGUGGGGAGUUUGUUGUAACUUGUGGCGACAAAGGGGUGGUGAUUGUGCGGUGGGUGCACUCCCUUGAAGUCGUUAAAAGGUACGAGGGCACGGGUGUGCCGAUGACAUCGCUGGCUGUGACCAUGGAAGACUGCUUUCUUGUUGGCUUGCAAGACGGAGCCAUUCUCUUGUAUUCAAUAGAGCAUACACAGAUGCGGAAAACUUCUAACAUCUUUGCACUACCUGGACGCGCUGCUGUAGGGGGUUCAGGACUGCUGCGUGAGUUUCGCGGGAGUUCGCUUUUGGCGAUACGAGUGACUGAUCUUCUUUUCCAUCUGUCUUUCAACCUUCAUUUGUUUAUAGCAAGUUGUUGCCUUUCUCCUUCGAUUGAGAAAGAGCAGGGCUUAGUGAAGAGGUUUCAAGCUGGCGUGAUAAGGGAAAUGCGUCGUCAGAAGGGCAGGCAUAAGAAGGAGAUAACGGUGCCAGUCCCAGCUAGAGCUCCGCCGGUACCAUCUGGACCCCUGUCGUCAUCGUGGCCGUCGUCAUCUGCUGCACUUACGUCCUUGCUUCCUUCUCAGCCAAGUGCCUGAGCCGCACGUGAACCAGGAAGGAUAUUACGGAAGCCAUGUACCAAACUGUGUGCCUCUCUCCUACCGUGAUUAUGAACAUCGCUCCUAAGAGACUUUAAUUUACUCCGCCCGUGAUUAGUUUUAUGGCUGUUGGGCCUCGCUCUCCUACAAUAAUGAGCACCUAUGUGUUUGCUUGGCAGCAGAGCUGUAUUCAUUCAUUUACCAACCGUUGGUCGGCCAUGGCGGAGAGAAGAUGAAACCACUUCUGUCUCAAAGUGCAAUCAGGGUGUGGUAGGGUUUAACGUUUCCCACAUUUGACUGUUUUUAUUGGUCGUGCCGUGCUCCCCUUUCCUACAUCAAGCAUUUGUUAUCCGUAUCAUCUAUUUGACACCCUGUAUGUUGAGGUUUAUUCUUUUCUCCCUCGGUGAACGAUCACUUGAUGAUCAAUCGCUGAUCAAUCGAUGUCACUGUUUAGUCAGUGCCACUAGCGGAUACCGUUUCCUUUACAAUCUCAGGUGCCUUUUGGGCCUCGGUGACUCUGAAUACCUGCCGCACGCGCUCCGCCUAUCAGACACCGAAGGCCACAUCCGUGGGGAAAGCAGAGCGAGGUCGUCAUCACCAUCGUCAUCCAAGCCAAACACGGCAGGAGUCACUAGCCCCACCCUUUGGAAAAAGCGUCAAGAGUGUCUAUCUUGCCAUUUCAUGUCAAAUUGAGGGGCGUGGUGGCAGACAAUUAAGUCCAUGCUGCAGACAAUAGAUUCCUCGCUCCGCUAAUCCCCAUCCCCAUCCUGCGGCUGCCAUCUUAAGGAAGAGGAGCGUUCAUGCAUCAAGCAGCAGUACUCUCUCAGUGGGUGCACUUGUCUGACCAGCCUCCACUCCCCAAACCUGCGUCCAUCCUGCUGCUGCCAUCUGAAGGAGGAGGAGCUUUCAUUCAUCAAGUUUCAGUACUCUCCCGGUGGGUGCACUCAUCUGACCGUCCACCGCUCCCCAAACCCGCGUCCAUCCUGCUGCUGCCAUCUGAAGGAUGAGGAGCUUUCAUAUAUCAAGCAGCACUAUCUCAGCGGGUGCAUUCAUCUGACCAACGUAUUAUGCGAGGCCUCGUCGUCGUGAGACAUUGUACGCAAGGAUUUCAGAUUCUCUUGAGAGGAAUGGGGAUUGCUGUAAAUGUAGGUGUGAACAGUUCAAUAAGGGGCAUUAUGGAAUUUGUGAGGACAGUCGUUCCUCCCUCGAUUUGUCAUUGUUUUCCAUUUAUAGAAUGAAACCUUCUGGUUUCUGGCUUUUCCAUGCAAGUCCCAGCUUGAUCUGGGAUCUAUUAUGGAAGGCCAGCCAAUUGUGUAAGAAAAACUUUCUUUCCAUCCCGCAUUUGUUUUUGGCUCUGCUUCCUUUCCUGGUCCCCUACCUCAUCCAUCCACCUCUCCAUGCUCACACCUGUCCUCCCCACUGUUUUGUGAACACUGUAAAUCUAACGCAGACACCAGGCACGUAAAUUACUCAAUCCUGACACAACUAUAGGGAGGUGGUGACAAUGAAUUAACUAUACUAAA